CCUGUUUCACAGCAAUAUCCAGGAAGUGAGUCGCCGCUUGUUGUUAUUGUUCAAUUGAUAGCUAGCUAGCUGGCUAGUUAACACAGAUUUUUUUUGUUGCUGUUCGUUUUCGUGGUCCGAAAAUGGCGACUUUUAUUUCUGUCCCGUUAAAGAAGUCGUCUGAAGUAGAUCUAGUUAAACCACUUUCGAAAUUCGUCACGGCGACAUAUCCAGCGGCUGAGGAGCAAGCGGACUACAUCCGAUCCGUGGAGGAGUUGAACAAGCUGCGCAAGAGUGCUCUGGGGAGGCCGCUCGACAAACACGAAAGCUCACUGGAAAUCCUCCUGAGGUACUAUGACCAGCUGUGUGCUGUGGAGCCCAAGUUCCCCUUCUCUGAAAACCAGCUGUGUCUAACCUUCACAUGGAAAGAUGCCUUUGAUAAAGGCUCACUGUUCGGGGGCUCAGUCAAACUAGCCCUCGCCAGUCUGGGAUAUGAGAAGACGUGUGUGUUGUUCAACGGAGCAGCGUUGGCGAGUCAGAUCGCUUCAGAACAGAACCUGGACAGCGACGAAGGACUGAAGGUCGCAGCCAAAUACUACCAGUUGGCGAGUGGAGCAUUUGGUCACAUUAAGGACACAGUGCUGUCAGCUCUGAACAGAGAACCUACUAUGGACAUCUCUCCUGAGACUGUAGGAACCCUCAGUCUCAUCAUGCUGGCCCAGGCACAGGAGGUCUUCUUCCUCAAGGCUACGUCAGAUAAGAUGAAGGACGCCAUCAUCGCUAAACUGGCGAAUCAGACGGCAGAUUUCUACGGUGACGCCUUCAAGCAGUGCCAGUACAAAGAGAACCUGCCCAAGUAUUUUUAUUUCCAGGAGGUGCUGCCGGUUCUGGCAGCUAAACACUGCAUCAUGCAGGCCAACGCUGAACUGCACCAGUCUCUCCUCGCCAAGCAGAAGAAACGCUUUGGAGAGGAGAUCGCUCGCCUACAGCACGCUACAGAGCUGGUGAAGACUGUAGCGUCUCGCUAUGACGAGUACGUCAGUGUGAAGGAUUUGAGCGAUAAGAUCAGCCGCGCUCUGACGGCCGCCAAGAAGGACAACGACUUCAUCUACCACGACCGCGUCCCCGAGGUCAAAGAUCUGGAACACAUCGGCAAGGCAGCGCUGGUCAAGGCUACCACCAUCACACCUCCACUCAGCGCCAAGUUCACUGACUUGUUUGAGAAGAUGGUGCCCAUGGCAGUGCAGCAGAGUAUGAGUGUGUACAGCCAGAGGAAGGCUGAGACCGUCAACAGACUGGUGGGAACCAUGAGAGAAGCUACCAACCUCUGCAACGGUGUCCUGGCAUCUCUGAACCUGCCUGCGGCUCUGGAGGACCUGUCUGGAGAUUCUAUCCCACAAUCCAUUGUUGAGAAGGCCCGUGCCAUCGUCCAGCAGGGGGGGCUGCUGAGCAUAGAGCAGCUGAUCAGAGAUCUGCCUGAACUACUGACACGAAACAGAGAGAUACUGGAGGAGUCUCUGAAGAUGCUGGGUGAUGAGGAGUCGACAGACAGCGAGCUGAGAUCCAAGUUCAGCCAACGCUGGAACAGAACUCCCUCUGGAGACCUCUACAAACCACUCAGAGCAGAGGGGGGUAACUUCCGCAGUGUGCUGGACAAGGCAGUGCAGGCGGACCAGGUGGUCAGAGAGCGUUACAAUACACACUGUGAGAUGAUCGCUCUGCUCUGUAAACCAGAGGCUGAACUCACCGCUGCCAUACCAUCAGCCAAUCCUGUGAAGACACUGCAGGGCAGCGAGGUGGUGAGUGUGUUGCGUUCCCAGCUGGCCCAGCUAGAGGAAGUGAAGAAGGAGAGGGAGGGGUUGGAGGUGGAGAUUAAGGGUGUGGCCUUUGACAUGUCCUCCAGCUUCCUGACGGCUCUGGCUCAGGACGGGGCCAUCAAUGAGGAGGCACUGUCAAUGAGCCAGCUGGACCAAUCAUAUGGCAGCUACAGCCAGAGGGUUCAGGCCAGCCUCCGUUCUCAGGAAGAACUGCUAGGCAAAGUGCAGGCGUCUCACCAGGAGUUCUCCAAGCUGAAGCAGUCCAACUCGGAGGCUAAUGAUCGUGAGGAGGUGUUGAAGAAGCUGGCCUCAGCCCACGACAGCUACGUAGAGAUCACCAGCAACCUCCGAGAGGGCACCAAGUUCUACAACGACCUCACAGAGAUCCUGCUGAAGUUCCAGAACAAGUGCAGUGACAUUGUCUUCGCGCGCAAGACAGAACGGGACGAACUGCUCAAGGACUUGCAGCAGAGCAUCGCCAGGGAGCCCAGCGCCCCGUCCUUUAAUGUCCCCGCCUACCAGACUAACCCUGCUCCCACUGCCGCCGACCCAACCCCUGCUCCCAGGACUGUCUUUCAGCCUCAGCAGCCCCAGGUGAAGGCCCAGCCCCCCCAGCGGCCCCCUCCCCCUGCCUUCACCCCCCAGGCCGCCUCCGCACCUGGUAACCCUCCAGACAACCAGCCUCAACCAGGAAACCCCCCACCCAUGGCCCCUCCCUCACAGGCACAGGGACCGCCUUACCCCACCUACCAGGGAUACCCAGGGUAUGCCUACCAGAUGCCUAUGGGUUAUAACCCGUAUGCAGCGUACGGCCAGUACAACAUGCCCCCCGCUAUGCAGCCUAACAUGCAGCCCUACGUCCCCUAUCAGCAGGCCCCAGCACCCGGACAGGGGGGCUUCCCCGGGACCCCCCCCACACAGCAGCACCCCUACACCUACCAACAGCAGCCCCAGCACCCACCACAUCAACCAUACUACCCACAACAAUAACUACUGUGUAAACUCUAUCAUUCCCUCUUCCCCCUGUUCAUCCCUUCUACCUCUGCUAUCCAUCCUCCAACUGACAGCAGAAACCGUGAUACUAACCUCUGCAAUAAAUUCUCUCUCCCUCCCUCCCUCCCUACUCUACCCUUACUCUCUCUCUCUCUCCCUUUUCAUCCCUUCUACCCCUCCCCUCUGCUAUCCAUCCUCCAACUGACAGCAGAAACCGUGAUACUAACCUCUGCAAUAAAUUCUCUCUCCCUCCCUCCCUCCCUACUCUACCCUUACUCUAUCUCUCCCUCCCCUCCUUCCCUCCCUACUCUACCCUUACUCUAUCUCUCUCUCUCCCUUCCCUCCCUCCCUACCUACUUUACCCUUACUCUAUCUCUCUCCCUUCCCUCCCUCCCUCCCUACCUACUCUACCCUUACUCUAUCUCUCUCUCUCCCUUCCCUCCCUCCCUACCUACUCUACCCUUACUCUAUCUCUCUCUCUCCCUUCCCUCCCUACCUACUUUACCCUUACUCUAUCUCUCCCUUCCUUCCCUCCCUCCCUCCCUACCUACUUUACCCUUACUCUAUCUCUCUCUCUCCCUUCCCUCCCUCCCUCCCUACCUACUCUACCCUUACUCUAUCUCUCUCUCUCCCUUCCCUCCCUACCUACUCUACCCUUACUCUCUCUCUCUCCCUUCCCUCCCUCCCUACCUACUUUACCCUUACUCUAUCUCUCUCUCUCUCCCUCCCCUCCUUCCCUCCCUCCCUCCCUACUCUACCCUUACUCUAUCUCGCUCUCUCCCUCCCCUCCUUCCCUCCCUACUCUACCCUUACUCUAUCUCUCUCUCUCCCUCCCCUCCUACCCUCCCUACUCUACCCUUACUCUAUCCCACCACCCUUGUUUAAUUAGUUUUUCAUAUAAUUUUUCUAAUUAUUGCGUUGAUUCUUUAUUUAAUUCCUAACUUCUCGUCCUGAUCUGACUUCCUGGUAUGGGCUGGGCCUCUUUUUAGAACACUAAAAAAACAAAACAAAAACACAACAUUUUAUUGUCACAUCCGCCGGACAUGUGCAGUGUUGUUUUAGAGGUCAUAGUAGUACGACACCCCUGGAGCAAACGAGGGUGAAGUGCCUUGUUCAAGGAUACAUCAACAGAUUCUUCACCGCUAGCUUUCACUUCCUGGCCCAACGCUCUGAGGAGCCUCGCUGCAUUCUGAGAUGAGGGGGCGUAGUCUAUAGGUGUGAUUCCUUAUUUGGGAGCGGGUGGAUGGUCCCGCUACAAUGUCACCGGUUGAGGGGACCGGAGGACCGACGGUUGUGUCCAGGAGUGCAAAUGUACGACUUGAACAAAUGUUCCUUGUCUGUUUAUCAAACCGUUUUGCUACUGAAUAUUGACCCAGCUCUGAUCACCGAGAUCAUUUCCUGGCGCUUCUAUUACAACUAUAUCUAUAUCCUAUUUUUCUAAUGAAUAAUACUGAUGUACUGAUCCAAUGAAAACGGCCUGUAGGUUUUCUCAUGUAGUUGAGGACCGUUGGAGAUCUGUUCUCUCCUAUAAUCAGAGUACGGCUGGAGAUGUUUUUCUGGGAUAAAGAUUAUUAGAUGCAGAGCCUUCAGAAUGUAUUCACACCCCUUGACUUUUUCCUACUUUUGUUGUUACAGCCUGAAUUUAAAAUGGAUUAUAUUUCAUUUUUUUGGGGUCACUGGCCCCCUCGAAGUGGAAUCAUGUGGGGUUUUUUUAUGCAUUAAAAUGCAAAUAAAUUAAAAAUGAAAAGUUGAAAUGUAUAUUGAGUCAGUAUGUAUUCAAACCUGUUGUUAUUUCAAGCUUAAGUAAGUGGCAUGGAAUCAAUCUGUGUGCAGUAAGUGUUUUAACAGGAUUGUUGAAUGACAACCUCAUCUCUGUUCCCCAAACAGGUAAAAGUCCCUCAGUCGAGCAGUGAAUUUCAAACACUGAUUCAACCACAAAGACUAAGGAAGUUUUGCUAUUGGUAGAUGGGUAAAAAGCAGACAUUGAGCAUGGUGAAGUUAUUAAUUACACUUUGGAUGGUGUGUCAAUGAACCCAGUCACUACAAAGAUACAGGUGUCCUUCCUAACUCAGUUGCUAGAGAGGAAGGAAACUGCUCAUGGAUUUCACCAUGAGGCCAAUGGUGAAUUCAAAGUGUUAUGUUUGGGGCAAAUCCAAUACAAAACAUUUACUGAGUACCACUAUCCAUAUUUUGAAGCAGAGGGGUGGCUGCAUCAUGUUAUGGGUAUGCAUGUAAUCAUUAAGGAAGUGGGGUUUUUUUUCAGGAUAAAUAAAUUAACAGAAUGGAUCUAAGCACAGGCAAAAUCCUAGAGGAAAACCUGGUUCAGUCUGCUUUCCACCAGACACUGGGAGAUGAAUUCACCUUUCAGCAGGACAAUAACCUAAAACACAAGGCCAAAUCUACACUGGAGUUGCUUACCAAGAAGACAGUGAAUGUUCAUGAGUGGCUGAGUUACAGUUUAGACAUGAAUCUACAUGAAAACCUAUGGCAAGACCUGAAAAUGGUUGUCUAUCAUUGCUCAAUAACUCAUUUGACAGAGCUUGAAUCAUUUUUCAAUGAAUAAUGGGCAAAUGUUGUCCAAUCCAAGUGUGAAAGUGCUUAGACUUACCCAGAAAGACUCACCGCUGUAGUCACUGCCGAAGGCGCUUAUACAAAGUAUUGACUCGGGUGUGAAUACGUAUGUUAGAUGAGAUAUUUCUGUAUUUCAUUUUCAAUAAAAUUAGCAAAAACAUGUUUUCACUUUGUCAUUAUGGGGUAUUGUGAUGUCAUUAUGGGGUAUUGGGUGAGAGGAAAAAUCCAUGUGAUCCAUUUUUAAUUCAGGCUGAUAAACAAAAUGUGGAAUAAGUCAAGGGCUGUGAAUACUUAGUGAAGGCUCUGUAUAUUAUAUAUAUAUAUAAGAAUGUAUGUGGUUAACCAAACAGACUGUUUCUCUUUCUCUCUGUGGUUCUAAUGUGAUUAAACACCUCUGGAUACCAGACAGACA